CACAGUGACGAGCAUUUCGCGUUCGUGUUGUGCCAUAUAUAUUUUACGAUAACUUUUCGUAUUGAAGUGUUUUGUGUAUUUCUGUGAUACAUUCCAGUGUUUAUUGAGAUAUGGAAUCACCUGUUGUUUUGGAUAAACCUCCAGAAUAUUACGGAAGCGCUACAAAUGAGCGCGGAUUUCCAUUUGAUGAGGAGGAGGGAUCGGGCGCGUGGAGCGAGCUCGCGGCGCGCCAUCCGGACAUAGCGGCGCGGCUGAGGCAGCGCCCCGCCACCUGGGCCAGGAAGCGACGCCCUUCCAGUCAGGACGGCAUCGACGAUACCGCAGACAGCUUCGGAGGUUUCGACAGAUUCCCAUUCGACGAUAUCCCGCCUGAGUUUAGAGAGCACUUUCCUUCACAUUGGAAUCGAAGAUUUGGCCCCAGAGAGGAACAGUAUCAGCAACCAUCCUCGCCACAACCACACUCACCCCAGCAACAGACAGCAGCCACACAGACUGAACAGGACACGGAACAGUUACAAGACGAGCAGAUACCACUACCACAGUACGGUUUGAGAAAUACAGUCGACUUAGGACAGAAAAGCCCAGCAGAUCCCAGUGUGGUUGAUGCGGACGAAAGAUCGCACAGGUCAAUGUCAGCACCUCCUGAUCAUCGUACAGUAAAUCCAAAUUGUAACAAAAUGAGUGGACAAAACCACCAAGAACAACAGCAACCGCAUCAACCCGAGCAAUCUUCUAAUGUAAGACACAUACCAAUUUUCGUCGAAGGAAGAGACGAACCAGUGAUUAAUAAGUCUGUCGAUCAUGGGACUCAUUUCGCAGAGGCGAAGCCCGCUUAUGUACCGCCUCCGCAGCCACAUAUCGAUAGGGAACAAUAUUUCGCGGAUGACGGUCCAGUAGGAUUUCCUUUUGCUAAAAGCUUCGAUAGACCCUUCUUUAGACAAGGUCCACAACCGUUCACAAAACAGAAGAUGUAUCCACAAGCCGCGUUCAAUAGAGGUCCAUCGCCGCAACGAUCUCAGUCCCCUAAACCGCAGACAUAUCAGGAACAAACUGCGCCGAGAGCAGAAACUCCGUCCAGACCGCAACAAAAGCAAGCUCCACCACAACAAAAGCAGCCUUCGCCGCAACAGAGACAAGCACCGCCGCCACAACAGACAGCCCCUCAGCAACCACCGCAAAGCCAAGCUCCCCCUCAAGCCCCUCAGACUCCCCCACAGCCACAAGCACCGUCGGCUAACGAUCCCAUUACACUGAUUCUUAGUAUUCAAACCGACGUCCUCAAUCUAAUGACGGAUGUUGAGAACUUCAAAGGUACCAAAAAAGACAAAAAAUACUUAUAUCUAGAUGAGAUGUUGACUAGGAAUCUCAUUAAAUUAGACAAUAUUGAAACCGACGGUAAAGAAAACAUAAGGCAGGCAAGGAAGGAGGCUAUAAAGUGUAUUCAAAAAUGUAUAGCUGUGUUGGAAGCUAAAGCUGAAAGCAACAACAAGGCUCAAGCUGCUACGCCUCAGUCUCAAGAUGUAGAAAUGCAAAAUAGGGAUAGUGAAAAUGCUGCAGUUACACAAGAAAAUGUUCAAAAUGGUGAUGUAGAAAUGAAAGAAACUACCAAAGAAAAAGAGUCUUUGACGGCACAAGAAACGCAAGAUACGACUCCCUUAUCGGAAGGACAAACUGAGGAGAACAUUCGAGAACAAAAACCAGAAGAACCAAAAAAUGAAGAAACGCAAGCAACGGACAAAAUAGAAAAAGAUUUAGUGCAACCAGUGGUAGCCGAUACACGACCCGAUGAAACCAAAGCCCCCGAUGCAACUUCAGAACCUACCACUGAAACCCAGAAGGCUCCAGAAAAUGCUGAAAAGAAGCAAAGCCCCAAGAAAACCGUUAAGAAACGAGACAAGAGCAAAGAUAAGAAAGAUGUUGCUAAAGAAAACAAAAAAAUUGAUGUGGCCACCGAAAACAAAGAAAUCAAGGACAGUGAGAAGGAAGACAAAAAAGAAGUUACAGAUAAAGACGCAGUCAGUGAAACUGUAAAUACAAAUGAAGCAACAGUUGAUAAGCAAGAUAAGUGUUUAGAUAAUAAAGACGGAAAGGAGGAAGUGAUGCAAGUUGAUGCUAAUGCUAAGGGAGAUUCAAAUAAAACAGAUGCGCAGGAAAUGGAAGUCGACGGUGCUGCUAGUCAAUAAAUUUAGUUUGGAUUAGUGAAUUGUUUUAGAAACACGGUUAGAUACCGCCGCACGUGGCCUACGACCUGCCUUUCCCUUCUUCAUGUUAAUUCUUUGUGCUAUUUAACACUGGUGUUGCCACAUAUAUUGUUUAUGUUUGUACAUUUUAAGUUUUAAUAUUGCAAUUUGGCAUUAGAGAUGCUGUAUGUACUUUAGGAUUUGGAAUGGUCACCUCUAAUUUAAAAUCCUAAUAUUUAAAUUAAUUUAUUGUUUAUCAUUACUUGAUAACACAAUUUUCUCAAUAAACUUAUGAAUCCA